CUUUAAGUCUUUAUCCAAAAUAGUAUAAUAGUGCAAUCUGAAUGGUUACAAACUUACAAUUUACAAGAUACUUGAUAUGUAUAGUUAAGCCUUUUCACCUCUCAUAACAUUUUCUUUUUACUAAACUCAGAAAAAAUUAUGAUCCUGUGACUACUGCAAAAGUUAUACUACUUACUAGGGUCUAUGAAGUAGGAAGAAUAACAAAGUCCUCUCGACUAGAAAAUUCAACAGUCUCGAAUCCGUAGAAUGCAUUGGUAUUAUUCUCAGUGAUGAUGAUGUUACUUUGUGGGAACGUAACUUAAGCCUUAAGUUCCUUGCACCAAGAGACUUAAUGAAAAGACUUGCAAAAAAAAAAAAAAAGUAGUUGUGGACCAAGACACAAGUCAACCACAAGUCUUUGUAAGACCAAACAUGUUUUGAGGCAGCAUCAUCUUUCUUAUGUAAGCUUCCUUAUGAAAUUUGUACCCACAAAGUACACGUUUCUACAGAUUAUAUAUUUUAUUAACGCUUACCUUGAAGCUUCCUUUCUAUAGUUAAGUCUUCAUAUUCCAAAAAUAAAAAAGAUUUCUUGAAACAUUAUUCUUUUUAUGAAUAGAUAGUAGUGUUUGAGUUAUGAAUGAUGAAGAGACAAACUUGGCGAGGAGUUUCAGCGAUGAUACUCACUCAGGGUUCGGACUUCCGGAUCUAUACUUGUCAGAUGAAUGGAUGGACGAUGAUCUUGUCUCUGCUGUUUCCGGGAUGAAUCAUUCUUAUGGUUAUCAGACCAAUGUUGAUGCUGUUUUCUUCUCCGGUUCCUCUAGCAGUUUCAUUCAGCCCACAUCUCCAAGUACUAAAGCUUCUGUUGCCCCUGCUUCUGCCGAAACUCAAGUAAAGAAAGAAAAGAAGAAAGUUAAAGAGAGAGUUGCAUUCAAGACAAGGUCUGACGUUGAAGUGCUUGACGAUGGGUUCAAGUGGAGAAAGUAUGGGAAGAAGAUGGUGAAGAACAGCCCACAUCCCAGAAACUACUACAAAUGUGCAGCUGAUGCCUGUCCAGUCAAGAAAAGGGUUGAAAGAGAUAAAGAUGAUCCAAGCUUUGUUAUAACAACUUAUGAGGGCUCCCACAAUCACUCAAGCAUGUAAUAAUGCUCCUAAUGAUUUUAUAAAUUUUUUGGUUUUACUAUAACCAAUGCUAUUCAUGGUAUGUGCUCUUAUGAAUCUGUUCUUGAGACUUAACAAUGUUUAUUAUAUUUAUACUGCUUCUAAGUUCUUUGUAUUUAAUGUAAACUGGUUGACAGAUUCACAAAUUUUGAGAGAUUUAUUAUGAA